GCACACAUACUAGUGACACAUCCUCACUAAUAUUUGCAACCCUCUCCAAAACCCUUAUCACCACCACUCGCCGCCGUGUAAUUCUCAAAACCACCGGCGAUGCCGAUCCGUCAGAUAGCAGUCGGGCGGUACCAGGAGGAGACCCACCCGAACACACUCAAAAUGGCGUUGGCGGAGUUCAUAAGCACACUCAUUUUUGUAUUCGCCGGUGAAGGGUCCGGCAUGGCGUUCAGCAAGUUGACAGACGGCGGCUCCACCACCCCAGCCGGGUUGGUGGCCGCCGCGUUGGCCCAUGCUUUCGGGCUUUUCGUGGGGGUGGCAGUGUCGGCCAAUAUCUCUGGCGGCCAUGUCAACCCGGCGGUCACUUUCGGUUUGUUCAUCGGUGGGAAUAUUACUCUCCUCCGUGGUAUUCUCUACUGGAUUGCUCAGCUACUUGGCUCCACUGUCGCUUGUUUGCUCCUCAAGUUCGCUACUGGCAACAUGAUCACGUCAGCAUUUUCGAUAUCAUCCGGAGAGUCAGUAUGGAACGCGUUCGUAUUGGAAAUCGUCAUGACCUUCGGUUUGGUUUACACCGUUUACGCCACUGCCGUUGACCCCAAGUCAAAGGGCAAUGUUGGGAUACUCGCGCCCAUCGCCAUCGGUUUCAUCGUCGGAGCUAACAUUCUAGCCGGCGGCGCCUUUGACGGGGCCUCCAUGAACCCAGCUGUCUCGUUUGGGCCUGCAUUGGUCAGCUGGGACUGGACCAACCACUGGGUCUAUUGGGCCGGCCCACUUAUCGGAGGUGCAAUUGCUGGGGUUGUCUAUGAGCUUGUUUUCAUUAGCCACACUCAUGAGCCCUUGGCAAACACAGAGUUUUAAGGGCAUAAUUGAUAAAAUAAAAAAAUUUAAAAAAAAAAAAAAUUGAAAGGUAGUGUGGUCGGUGUGUGUGACCACAAGGGUGUGACCACAAGCUUUUUUUUUUCUUUUUUUUUCCGGUUGUGUUUAUUUAAGUUUGAGGUAUCUAUUAAUUGUUCUCUGUAUUUUUGUUUUUGAUUUUGUUGUUUUGAGAAUUGGCCACAAUUGAUUUCACUGUCAUUGUCAUAUUGGGCCAUUAUGUCACUCGUUUUUUGAACUGUUUGUUUGUAGUGUACCAUCCAUGUGCUUCAAUUAUUUUUAUGGGGUGUCUAUUUUGUGUCA